UUUAAAAAUGAGGAAUGAGCGUAUUUCUCGUUCUGAGUUCAGUUCUUUCGAACUGAACCUAAUUCCUUAUUUUAGAACGAAGGAGCUUUUAAUAGGGAGUUUCAUUUUUCUCAAGAAAAACUUAGUGAAUAUUCUCAAGGCACAGCUGUGGCAARAGAAGGGGAGAACUUUCUUACGGGAGUUAUGUAAAAGCUGCAUGGAACGGAUGGACUUUUCUGAAAACACUAAGACCAUUCAUAGCUCACAUCCGUGCUUCUCUAUUUGAUGACUGCUAGAGGGAACCACAAAGUUUGUAUUUUACUGCUCAUGUAACAGUUUCCUGUCUCAAACUGGACUGACCAAUAAAUACACCGUUCUGAAAUUCUGACAUUCUUGUGAGCUGUGAAAACUCAGUCAUGAUCUGUGUAAGUGGAUGCAAUUGCAUGAAGUCUGAGAGUACUUUGAAAGCUAUAAUUUAAAAAUGUAGUAUUCAAGGAAACUUCUGUUGGAGCAGUGGCUAAAUAGUUUCUUCUACAUCACUUGCUCUCAUCUUGCUUUCCUUCGUUGCCCUGACCAGGAAACCAGGUUAAUGAUACUGCAGCUUUUGAAGGAUUAAAGGCAGGUAACUUCUUGUUGACUCGUAACACUGAAUUAAUUGCAGCUGGCAAGUCUAUAGUGGGUACUGAUAUCAAACCGGUUGCAACCCAAUAACUAUUAUGCAGAUGCAACAGGGAAAACAGGGACAUCCAAAGGUAAUAUUGAUAGUCAUUUUAUUAACUGUCUUGUUCUGAUACUGAGUUAUGUAUUGUGCAUCAAAAUCCUGAAAAAAAGAUGCUUUCCAUAGAUACGUCCUAUUUAAGGUUAACUUUGUUCCAUUGGAGUAUGUUAACUGUGAAACACUGAAGGUGUAAAACAGCUGUGAGGGAAUGAAAACACAGCCUGGAAUUUCCUUAUUUUGGAAAUCAUAGUAGAUAAUUUGGAAGAAAUAUCCACGAUAAUCUUUGUUGCCUACUAGUUUGACUGUUCUUUUUACCAGCUGGUGCUUCUUUGUGAUGCUUGGAUUAAACAAAUCAUAGAACUCAAUGAGUAAAGUCAAAUAGCCUGUUGUUGUAAGCAGUCAUUCAAAUAGAAAAUAAUUACUUUUUUUGUUAAAAAGUAACAAAAGAGGUGAGACAGGAUCCUAAUUGUUCUUUAUGUUUGGAAACAUGUACUGCAGUAUAUGUAAGGAGCAUCCCAUGCAGCAAAACAUAAUUUACAUUUCACAUGAGCAUCAUAAAAAAAUUUUUGCUUUGUCUCUCCAGAUUCCUUACAAAGCAGCAACUAGAAAUAAUCCUUUAGGAAAGGUUCCGUGCUUGUUAACAUUUGGGUUUUAAUUUCCUGGAAGCAAGAUGCCUAUUUACACAGUUCCUGCCAGAAGUCCUGCUGGGACACGAUGCACAGCCACUUUGCAGAAGGCUUGUCACAAUACCCUGGCCAGCAGCAAAGCAUCUGGGACACAGCUGAAGUCACAGGUGUUGGGAGAAAAGGAUACUCUGCCUUCAUGUUCUCAGAAUAAGAGUCGGGAAGUAAAUAGGACCUAUGUGAUUUCAGCUUGUGAAAAAGUGAGUGACAUGUCAACUACUUUUAAAUUUGAAGGCAAAUUAACACUCCAGAGGAGAACUGGGGCAAGCAAAAAAUCAGUGUCCAGUAAUGACACAACACAGGGCACAGAAGAGCCAGAAACAGACAAGAGACUUACUCUGCGGAGGCGUGCGAGGACUGGCUCCACAGAGAGGAGUAAAAUUAACCAGAAUAUURUGCCUAGAAAAGAAAAUAAUGACUUUGAUGCACAAAGAAAUGACAAGAUUACACUUCCACAGACUGUUAAGGAUACCGAUGAUGUUAAACCAAACUUAAAGUUAACUGAGAGUCAGUCAAAUACCAAGUUGCAGGAUAAUCUGAACGGCAAGGAUUCCUUUGGUUURAUUGGUGGUGACAGAAAAUAUCAARAUGAAGUUCCUAAAGCAGAACGGUUAGUUACCUUGAAAUGUACUAAUAGGCUAUCAGGAGAACAACUGAAUGAAAAAGGGAAUGUGAGUAAGCUAGCUGGAAAGCAAAGAGUACAGCACUUGAUGAUAAAACAUAGCAGCUUGGAARGGCCAAGGACACCAGCAAAAGUUUYAACAGAAAGAWUUCUGCUUACCCCAAAGAACAGCACUUCUCAUGAUCAACCAUCUCUCAAGUCAACCUCAAAUGAACGAACACCUCAUCUGCAAAUUUUUGCCAAAAAACUCCCAAGUGUCUCCAGCUCUCUUCCUUUGAGUACAGAUUCAGGAACAAAAGUGAACACAGAAACUUUAGCUGAGAGCAGCAGUACUGGGGAAGAUGUUUUCAAAAUGAAAAACAGCAAAGUGAUUGUAGCUGUGCGGGUGCGGCCCUUCAAUAACAGAGAGAAAACUGAAGACUURUUCCCUGUAGUCUCCAUGAGUGGUUCAGAGACAGUUGUACGAAAYCCAUCCACCAACCAAAUUUACAGCUUCAGUUAUGACUUUUCCUUUUGGUCUUUUGACAAGGGUCAUCCUAAUUUUGCRAGCCAAGCAAUGAUUUAUAAAACUUUGGCAGUGCCACUCCUUGAAAGAGCUUUUGAGGGAUACAACGCUUGUCUUUUUGCUUAUGGGCAGACUGGCUCUGGAAAAUCAUACACGAUGAUGGGAUUUGAUGAAGACCGAGGAAUAAUUCCAAGACUUUGUGAAGACCUUUUCAAUCAAAUAGCACAAAUGGACAAGGAACAGGUUUUGUAUCAUCUUGAAAUGAGCUUCUUUGAAGUAUACAAUGAGAAAAUUCAUGAUCUGCUUGUCUUUAAAGCUGAAAAUGGACAGAAGAAACAACUUCGUGUAAGAGAACAUCCUGUGUUAGGACCAUAUGUGGAAGGCCUGACAGUGAAUGUUGUCCGUUCUUAUGCUGAUAUUCAGUGUUGGCUUGAACUAGGAAAUAAACAGAGAGCAACAGCCGCUACAGUAAUGAAUGACAAGAGCUCUAGAUCUCAUUCUGUCUUCACCCUUGUCAUGACACAAACCAAGGCAAAAUUUGUGAAUGAAGAACAGUGCGAUCGUAGGCUGACCAGUCACAUAAAUCUAAUUGAUCUGGCAGGCAGUGAGUGCUGUACAAAAGCUCAGACCACUGGAGAAAGACUGAAGGAAGGUGUGAGUAUCAAUAAAUCGCUGUUAACCCUUGGAAGGGUUAUUUCUGCGCUCUCUAAACAAUCUCAAAAUGGAAAGAAAACUUUCAUUCCUUACCGGGAAUCUGUCCUUACUUGGCUGCUAAAGGAAAGUCUUGGUGGGAAUUCCCAAACGACCAUGAUUGCCACAGUGAGCCCAGCUGCCAGCAGCACGGAAGAGACACUCAGCACCCUUCGCUAUGCAAAACAGGCUUGUUCAAUUAUCAACAUUGCUAAAGUAAAUGAAGAUGUGAAUGUCAAGCUAAUCAGAGAAUUGAAAGCUGAAAUUGAAAAACUGAAGGCAGCUCAGAAAAGUGCUCUGAACACGGAUCGUGAAAAAUACAGGCGUUAUUUGCAGGAAAUAACAUCUCUGAGGGUAGAAUUGCACCAGCAGGAGAGGAGCAUGGCAGAAAUGCAAAGGGCCUGGAAAGAAAAACUUGAACAAGCAGAGAAAAGGAAAUUGGAAGAUAUAAAAGAAUUGCAGAAAUCUGGAAUUGCAUUCAAAAUGGACAAUAAUUUACCAAACCUUGUCAAUCUCAAUGAAGAYCCUCAGCUUUCUGAGGUGCUGUUAUAUAUGAUCAAAGAAGGAGAAACUACAGUUGGAAGAUGUACACCAAAUUCCAAACAUGAUAUUCAGCUUUCUGGAGUGCUGAUUGCUGAUGAUCAUUGUGUUAUUAAAAAUACUGUUGGCAAAGUAAGUAUUAUUCCACUUGGAGAAGCCAAGACAUACGUAAAUGGGAAAUGCAUUUUGGACCCAACAGUUCUGCAUCAUGGUGAUCGAGUGAUACUUGGGGGAGACCAUUAUUUCAGGUUUAAUCAUCCAGCAGAGGUUCAGAAAGUUAAAACACCUUCUUGUGGGACUACAUGCUUGCAUGAUGGUCCAAAAGAUUUUGAAUUUGCAAAGAAUGAACUGCUUCUUGCACAGCGAACACAGCUUGAAUCAGAAAUUGAAGAGGCACGACUCAAAGCCAAGGAAGAAAUGAUGCAAAGUGUCCAAAUAGCYAAAGAGAUGGUUCAACAAGAACUGACCUCACAAAAAGAAGCUUAUGAAAGCAAAAUAAAAUCCCUGGAAGCAGAGGUGAGAGAAGAAUCUCGUAAGAAGCAAAUUCAAGAACUGAAUAACCAAAAAGCCACAACUAAAAUACAGGAGCUGGAGAAGGCAAAGAAAAACCUUGAACUAGAACUCCAAUUCAAUAAAAGGCGUUUAGAAAUGGAGACUUUAGCUACCAAGCAGGCUCUAGAGGAUCAUACUAUUCGUCAUGCCAAGAUACUGGAAGCGCUGGAAGCUGAGAAGCAGAAGAUUGCUGAGGAAAUACAAACCCUGCAGAAGAAUCAUGGAAGUGGGAAUAAAGCAAUGAUGAUUCCACUUAACUGGAAGUGUCUGAAACUGUCUGUGAUGAUUAAAGAAGCUAACACCAUUAGUAAUGAAUUAGGGAAAAACACAGUUUUCUGCAGGCAUGACAAAAUUGAUGACAAAACAGGAACAGUGUCUUCUAUUCAGGUGCAGGUUYGUAACAUCAAGCUGGGAAUAACAACUUUUUGGAGCCUAGAGAAGUUUGAAUGUAAACUAGCWGCAAUGAAAGAGCUCUAUGAGAGUAAUGAUAGAAAUAAAGCUGUUGUUGAUGUGUUUUAUGAUCCUGCUGAUGAGUGGGAACCUGACCUUUCAGAUAGKUCCAUUUCCUCGCUUUCCAGAAGAAGAAGUAGAAGCUUCAUGAAGAACAAGAGAAUUUCUGGAUGUUUGUCUGAGAUAAAAUUGCAAUCUAUUCAGAAUAAACAGACUUCCUAUAUAUCAGMUUCACAGAGCAAGUCCACUAUAUGCCCAAGCUUUUCUGAAUCGUUUCUCCCUGGAAUUUGCAAGGAAUCUAUAAGCUCAGCUUUAGAUUUACUGGAAAAGACUUACGAAGGAGGAAAAAGCAUAGCAGAUAGUCUCCUAACUAAUUUGUUUAUAAUUUUUUCUGGAGCAUCUGCCAUUUCAAAUGCCUAUGAACAGCAAGAUGAAGAAUGUCAGGAAAACUUUUUCUCUCUUGAUCGUGCUGCUCAGUCAUACAGCAUCAGAAUUAUCUCUGCUUUUGACCAGCUUGUGSUUAUAAGUAAACUCUGGCUUAAUAACAUCCAAAAAUGUCCUGGAUCCAUGAAAGUUGAUGAAGAAAUGAAACAGGAAAUAAAGAACUUGGGAGGUUAUUUACAGCUGCUGUUGCAGGGGUGUUCUUCAGAUAUAUCCUCGAUGGUAACAGAAGCAUGGAGCAAAGUAAACCAAACAGUAAAACAAACAAUGAAAUACAUAGGCCACUUGGCAGUAGUCACAACAGCUGGUAUUUCAUUUCCUGAAGAGAACAACAUUCCKGCCUCUAGUCUACAGGAAUUUGUGCUUGCCAUUUAUGAUGGAGUAGGCUCGGGACUGGAGUGUCUCAUUGAUGCCGUGCAGGAGAAAGCAAGAAUGGUACAGAAAGAACUUGUGAAACAACAUCCACAAAAUGAGAUUCAAAAUCGAAUAAAGGAUACUGUGGUGGCAUUAGCCAGAUUCCUUGAAAAUAACAUGUCUUACUGCAGAAAGAAAGAAACAGCRUCUCAGUUACCAGAAGAAGAAUCUCUGUAUCGAGAAAUAAAGAAAAGCACUAAGAUUGCUGUGAAGUAUUUGGAAUUGGAGCAGUGCCUAACUGAAGUGUGUCAAAUAGUUUCUUCCAUGUUCCAAGGGUUGUACAGAAACACKAGCCCUCUCAGGAGCUUUGCAGAAAAUAUUUCUGUCAUAGCCGGAUAUUUUAACAACUACUUCAGUUUAUUUGUCUUGUCUUCUGCAAGCAACCCUAUCCAGAAAWUUCAUGUGCCUUUUAUGAACUUGGAUGAAUUGGACUCUCUGGUUGAUUCCCUUAUUAUGAAUUUUGAACUUGAGCAAGGACAGCCAUCGCUGCAAUCUCAAACUAUUUGCARUGAAACUACUGAGACUCGAGGAGGACAGGUUGAAACAGGUCAGGUUGAAUUUGCUCGGMAAUGGAAUGGGAUUCCAGAAUGCACACAGACUCCAGAGCCUUCACCUGGUAGGGUAGAAUGGGUAUAAAAWGUUAUUAUCAAGAAAUUAAAGGGAACUCCUUCCUAUUGCAAUAUACUGUAAAAAGCUAAAAAUUUAUUGUGAAUAUUAUUAGUGAGUGAAUGGUAUGAAAGUAAAUGACAUGUUUGUAUGAGGAUAAGUACUCAGUAUUUCACCAAAGAAAAGAAUACGUUCCUUAAGAUGCCAUCAAGCUUCAAAAUAUAAUUCCUUUUGUUUUGAUAGAAAUCUAUUACAACCUAAGUUUACAAGAAAUAAUUUAAUUUUUUUGAAUUGUUGCUUCUUCUCUGCUGCAUUAUGAUCCUGCAAUGCUGCUGCAACUUGAAAGUGUUUUUAUGCCUUUUUUUAAACAGAGCAAAAACUUUGUGUUUAUUUAUGUAGAGAAAAACAAUGAGAUAGUAAAAGUACUUUAAAACCUUA